UGAUGUUCUGUGUGUCGCUACUCCUCAUACACACGCAUGAAGACAUGGUGCUGCUACGGAGAGUGAAUUCUGCAGACAAAAAGAUGUUGGAAAGUCUGCGAAGCCAGCUGAUGGCAGACAACAUGGACUAUGACGACAAGACGACGCCUGCCAGCGUGUCUGGUUCUACCAGCGACGAGCACCACCCUAUGGAUGACAUCACUCAGAUCGAGGACCACUCGGCGAUCUCUGCAGAACUCCAUACCAGCUCCAGAGAACUUCUCCCACCGCCACGUCUGCACCCGCGCGUCCAGUACGCGCCCGUCUAUCAGAAACAUACUCCACGCAAGAAACGUAUUCCACAUAAAAUGAAGCUUCCUACAGAUUCUCUGGACCGCUCUUUUGAUCCUAUCAAACCGUCGAAACAUACCAGUACUUCAACUGACCCUUUUCUGAGUAUUGAUCCUAGUUUUCAUAACGGUGUAACUUCUAAACACAGUCCAUUUUCUUCAAAGCCUAAUCAGCACCGUGACUCGUUCAUUAAACGACAAGACCCAAUCCUGAUUAUAGCUUCUGGACAUCAGAACAGCCAGACUGCUAUCCAAAACUCUGCCAACAACUGCAAGAAGGAUCUUCCUACCCAGAAUAGUCCCGAAAGCAAUCCGAAAUUAACUGAACUGUUUAACCAGUAUCUUCAACCGUUGAAACCUAGUUCUGGAUACCAGUUCCGUGCUUUUGACGUGAACCGUACUCACGACUAUUCUAAUGUCAAGCCUAUUCACAAUCACCACACGAAUACCAGUCAAACUCGCGAGGUUCCACUUUACCAAGGUCCUGACCAGUCUCCGAACGAUAAGGUUUCCCUUUUCAAGGAGAAUAGCGAGUUUCCAAGCCAAACUAAUGCUUAUCUAAGUCCCAUUCACGACGGCUCUAUCCAAAAUACUCCUUCCAGCAACAUAAAUCGAAACCUUUCUCCAUCAAAUGACAAUAUCGAGCCACAUAUCCAAAAUCCUACAAAUCAAAAUAGUGACACCAGCUAUCCGCGUCUACCUAACCAAAACCAGGGCCACCAUGGUAUUAAUGAUAAUCCAUUUCCAUCGGAGCAAAAGCCGUUCAAACAAGAUCAGUUUGAGCCUCGUGUUAGUGGAAGUCAACCUGUCGAUCAGAACAGCCCGCGUGACGAGCUCUUGAAGCAUGUCUCACUACACAAGCAUGUAAAGCUCGUAUACAAUCCAUACCACCCGGACCCGGCGCCCGCGCCGCCUCCUCAGUACCACGCCUACCGCUACGUCCCCACGACACGCUCUACCACCACCGCCACUCGAAUGACCUUUCGCAUGAACACGUUACCAGAUGAACUAAGUGGAAAAGAAUCUAAAGAACGAACGAAAAAAUCUCGAUUCACGUUGAAAAGGCGAGAUGAUCCUGAAGACAGGCCAUCGAGGACAUUCAAAGGGUUCAAGGUAGUGGACGGGAUGGAGGUGGUGAGUGAACACAGCGAGGAGAAAUGGGAACAGUCAGACUCAGGAACUUCGCCACAACCUGAGAAGAUCAUGACACCAACGGUGACAGAGCAUCCGGACUCAAAGUUGCACAAGGCCGUGCUUAAAGCGGAGGCUCGCAUCGCGCCGCGAGAACCUCUGGUAAGCAAUGACAACAACAACAAAGAUCAUCGCGAGGAAUACCUCCGCUUGAAGUAUACUUUUGGAGUGUUGUAACACUUUGCAAAGAGCGAGUCUUAUCUUUGCUGGGACACGCCCUCGUGUAUCAGGCACUGUUUAUGGUGUUCCCGUCGUCAUCAGCCCUAUUACGGUAGAGCAAAGGAAGUGCCUAUUUAGAACUUCUCAUUUCAAUUCGCAUUUUUUUACCAUUUAAGGUCUCUAUUUUACAACUAAAUACGAGACCAGGGUUCGCACAGAAAAUACAAAGAUGUGGCCUCGUUAGGGGAAUUUCCCCUUCCAAAAUUGUAGAAAACUACAUUCAUCAGACUUCUAGAGAUUUCGAUUUUAGACAUAUAACGUCGUAAAUAUUUUCUCAAAGUACAAGAUGUAAGA